AUGCGAAAUGCUACGUCAUACGACGAAUGGAGAGAUUGCGCCUACGAGCUAGACGAGCUGGAGGGCCAUAAUACCUGGAAGAAGACCUUCGAAUGCUCCGACUACAACCCAGAUCAGGUCCAAGAGCGGCUGAACCAGCUUGGAGACGCCCGGAUCAGUUGCGAUGUGGGCCGGAUGUUGUUUCUGAUUCGCACGUCGUUGAACCGUGAUCUGGGUGGCAUGAGCAACGCCUCUCUAUACAGACACUCGCAUGUUGGUACGAAGGAUCUGAUCGAUAGAUACAUUACCACCGCUGUCGACACGAUAAAUGCUCUAGUGAAUCUUUCGGAACAGAACCGUGACGAGGUAGAACUCAAAUACAUACUCGACCAGCUGCUAGCGACAAGGCAGGCCUUUGGCAGAAGUGCCUUGCUUUUUUCAGGUGGAGCUACCUUUGGAAUGAACCAUAUUGGAGUGCUCAAGGUCUUGUGGGAGAAGAACCUGUUACCACGCAUUAUCUCAGGUGCGUCGGCUGGGAGCAUUAUCUGCGCCGUGUUCUGUACACGUACGGAUGAUGAGCUACCGGUUCUCUUGGAUACGUAUGCGUAUGGUGACUUCAAUGUGUUCAAUGAGCAUGCAAAGGAGGAGAACAUCCUGCAGAAGACGGCACGGUUUUUGAAGUACGGCUCGUUCUUGGACAUCUCCCAUUUGGCCAAGGUCAUGAGGAACUGGCUUGGGGAUAUCACAUUCCAAGAAGCUUACAACAGGACACGGAGAAUACUUAAUAUCUGCGUCUCUAGCGCUGGGGUCUACGAACUGCCACGGUUAUUAAACUAUCUAACUGCGCCUAAUGUGCUCAUUUGGUCGGCUGUGUAA